CAACUACGACUCAUUCAACGGGUCAUUGGCGAAUGUCUGGGAUACCCGGGGUGAUGGGGCCCUGCUUUUAACCCCUCCUGCUACCCCUUACGCUCUCAAUCCGCUCGAAUAUUAAUUACCCUCACUUUUUCCCAGUCAGACGCCUACCUAUUCAUUAUCAGGAUAAUCACAAUUUGAAGAGAAAGCGAAUUCGAAAUGGCCUUGGCUAGAGCGUCACUGGGCUUCCUGGGCAUGUUUUUCAUGGCUGGCGCCAUUUUAUUAAUGCUUCUCACUCUUCUUGGAGGUGCAACAAAUACAAACCCACUGGAUAUAAUAUACUUUCUCGAGGCACACACGGGGAAUAUACCAGGAGCUCCAGAAGUCUCUCGGUGGACAUUCUGGAACCUCUGUCGGGUCAAUGGCGAUGGUAAGAGUGUUUGUGGGACAUCUCAUCCCGACUAUCCCUUUGAUCCUGCGGGACGUACAAACUUCGACACUACAGUCAAUGUUCCUAAAGCGUUCGUUGGGACCCGCCACUUCUUUCUGACCUCCCGGUUUGUUUUUCCAUGGCUUUUGAUUGCAUUGUUCUUCGCUGUAUGCUCGCUCUUCGCCGGGUUUUUGUCCCUCUGUACGCGGAUUGGGGGUUACGUCUCCUCUGUGCUGGGCUGGAUUGCAUUAUUCUUCCAGAUACUCAGCACAACUAUGAUGACUGCUGUUUUCGUGCAGGGUCGCAACCACUUUCAUCAUAACGGUCAGUCUGCGAAACUUGGUGCCAAGGCAUUUGCCUUCAUGUGGACUGCACUGUUCUGCAUAUGCCUAUCGUGCGUGCUCUACUGUGUUGGUGGUGCCGUUAGUAGAAAACGCAAUGAUUCCGAGACACAACCAAGCGAGGAGCGUGCCUUCUUCCGACAUGAGCGUAGCGCCAAUGGGCGACACAAGCGUCGUGGACACGAAGACGGAGCCAGCGGAAAGGAAACAUAUAACUGAUCCGACCCUUCCGAUCUACAAAUGAGAUAUAUGAAGUCCCUCUCUGCUUGUCAUAUAAAUCGGCACCAUCCAUACACAGCCCUUGACAAGUCAUGCCCCAUGACUUCCUGAACAUCUUCCAUCACACUCUCAGGCUCAUUUAUUUUUCUCAUGCUUGGAGUUAUAGUAAUUGCUAAUGGCAUGACAACACCAUCUUUCUAACAUUAAGCCCUAUUGGCUAAUCACCUUUCAU